GAAAUCUCAUAUCCAGAGAGGGCGGGGCGAACAGGGAAGUGGCUGCUUUCAGCCUUGCAUAGCAAUGCACAGCUUUGCAUAAGCAAUAGAGGUAGGCUUUUAAAGGCGUCAUCGCCGGCAAGAAUCUUGUAGUUAUCACGGCGCGAACCCAUCUUUCGUGAUGAGCCCUCUGAUGCAGGCUCCGCUUCUGAUCGCCCUGGGCUUGCUUCUCACCUGCCCAGCGGCUCCUGCACUCCUCCUCCCGAACCAGCUCAGUCACUUCUCCUGGGAAAACUGUGAUGGCGGGAAGGACCCUGCGGUGAUCAACAGCCUGACUCUGAAACCCGACCCUAUUGCCAUUCCUGGGAACUUGAAUGUCAGUGCUGAGGUCAGGACCAGUGUUCUCCUUGAUGAUCCUCUGAAGGUAGAAUUAACUGUGGAGAAGGAAGUUGCUGGCUUCUGGAUCACAAUCCCAUGUGUGGAAAAGAUGGGGAGCUGCACCUACGACAACAUCUGUGAUAUCCUUGAAGUCUUAAUUCCCCUUGAGGAUACCUGCCCAGAACCUCUGCACACCUAUGGCCUUCCCUGCCACUGUCCCUUCAAAGCCGGCACCUACUCACUGCCUGAGUCCGAAUUCAUCCUGCCUCACUUGGAGCUACCCAGCUGGCUCAGCUCCGGCAACUACCGCAUCCAGGGCAUCAUGAGCAGCUAUGGGAAGCACCUGGGCUGUGCCAAGAUCUCCGUCUCCCUAAAGGGCAAAUAAGGUGGCACCCGCCACUCCAGAAUGAAGGGGGUGCAAAGACGGCAUCAUCUUCUUCUGUCUUACGUUGACCAAGGCCAAGUUCCUUUUUCAAGCACCUUUCUAGAAACAAUGACACUCUCUCACUGAAAGUUGUUUUAUGCCCUCUAUGCAAUUUUUAGGCAUGAUCCAGCAGCCUUAACCCAAGGGAGGUUGAGCCUGGUGGUCUGUGACAGCCCAGGACCUCUACUGGGCUGGCCACUGCAUUUUCCUCCUCACCCCAUGGCGUCCUCUUUAAGAACUUAACUCUUCUUCUAAACCAUCAAGGAGGGGGGCUAACACGUUUUGUGACCCCCCCUCCUCCAAGUUCAGACUGACCCAAUCUUGGUCUCCUGAAGUACAUUUAUACAUUUAUGGUUUUCUCAUUGAUUUUUUUUUUUUUUGGUGCACUGACCUAAAAGCAGAGUGAGGGUACUAACAGUUUUUAUUUUUCUCCAACAUUCUCUUACAAUGAAGGGUCUGAUGUAGUUGCUCUCACCCUAUUUGUUCUAUUAACAUCUAGGAUUAAUUUAGUGUUCUUUUCUAAUCUGGUCCAGUUAACCGUGGGGCACAGUGUUUCCUGGAGAGGCAGGGCGUGUGGUGAGAGUGAUGUUUGAGGAUGCUCUGUGUUUAAGAUGGUCUGCAAACAGGUGCCUGCGGAGCCAAGUGCAAGAUAUUGGUGAAGGAUGAGGACCAAGAGAAACACGGUACUUUCGGGCGUUCCUGUCAUUUUUUCCCUUUACAUAAUAGCACCACUCUGAGGCCGCCGCUGCCCAGUCGGCAGGAAUAAUCAGUGAUGUGGGGACUGGGGUGAGUUGGAAAGGACACAUCUGGCCCAGAGUGGCAGCUGCUGUCACGCUGUAGCCAGUAAGAGUACCAUAGGAGAAUCUGGGCCAAAUAUUCUCAAUUUUUUUCCCCCCUAGAGAAUCCAGAAAUCCAGCCUUUGAUAUAAAAUUAUUUUUAAAUAUCGGUCACAAAUUAUUUUUUAUAAACACUGAGCAGGCAGAAGGGACCAAACAGUCAAUGGGGAAAUCUGGCUCCUGGGGGCUGUUUGUGACCUUGGAUGUAAGAACAUGUAUGCCUUGUCCUUUUAACCUUGAGACAACUCCUUCGGCACUGCUUCUCUCUCUCUCAGGCCAAGUCCAUAGUGCCUGACCCUAGAAGGCUCCUCUGGGGCCUGGGGAGGCAGCCUCAGAGCUGUGAGCUCAUGGACCAAUGGAUGCCAGCGUGGCCUUGGCUCGCUGUCAGGAUGAGCGCGGCAGGUGCUAAGGAGCUGCAGCAGAGAUGUGGACUCACAUCUGGUGCCUGGUUUGUUCACCGUCCACUUCUCCUGUGACAGUGUAAUCCCUCUCGACCAGCCCCAGGUUCUGGGCACACAUGAAGCCUGGAGUGGUAAUAAAAUCUUUUUUAACUUGUUCAGAA